CGCGGCAACACGAUGACAUCUCAUGUGAUCAUGUUAUAUUUCGGAUUUCUAAUCUUCUGGAAUACUGCUCAGAUGACGGAGCUGAAAUUAUCGUCAUCUGUUCGUCAAGAGAGUGGUAUUCUAUCAUUUAAAACUGGGGACGAGCUUACUUUGAAAUGUUUCCAUGGGAGUAAUGUUGACACAAGAUUUUACUGGUACAAGCAAACUGUGGGACAGAAACCAAGGCUUAUCUCAACCUACUACAAGUACGAACCAAAUGGAACAUUUCACGAUGAAUUCAAGAAUCCACGUUUCGCAUUGGAUACGGAAAAAGGACAAAAUCACCUGAAGAUAAGAGAUGUGAACAUUUCAGACUCAGCCACUUACUACUGCGCAAAUAGCCAUUCUUACCAGUUUGAAUUCAGGGAGGGAAUUACAGUCGAUGUAAAAGAUUCAGAUUUGAGCAUCUCGUUUUUAGUCCACCAGUCAGCAUCUGAGAUCAUCCAGCCGGGAGACUCUGUGACUCUGAACUGUACAGUACACACUGGCAGCUGUGAUGGAGAACACAGUGUUUACUGGUUCAAAAACUCUGAAGACUCUCUUCCAGGACUCAUUUACACCCGUGGAGGCAGUCAGUGUGAGAGGAAACCCAACACACAAACACACACCUGUGAAUACAACCUGCCAAAAAGCGUGAAUCUUUCUCAUGCUGGGACCUAUUACUGUCCUGUUGCCACAUGUGGACACAUACUGUUUGGAAACGGGACCAAGCUGAACUUUGAAGAUAAGGUGGAUUUUCUUAUCUUGGUGUAUUCCUUGAGUGGAGCUUUGGCAUUCACUCUCAUUGUGAUUGUCUUACUGGUUUUCUUACUGUGCAUGAUGAGCAAGAGAAACAGCUGCAAAUGUACAGAGUCUCAUGCAAGUGUUCCAGCUCCCUCCACAACAAAUGCAGAGGGUGACCAAAAUGAAGUGAACAUCCAUUACUCAACUGUAAAGGAACAUAAGGUCAACCGAUCCAGGAGACAAAGGAACACCACCAAGACUGAAUGCGUGUACUCAAGUAUUAAGUAGUCCAACUGUACAUGUUUUAUAUUUGUUGCUGUUCAAAAAGACAAAUAAAAGGUCUUCUAAUGGUUUCAAAGCAAGCCCAAAAAUUGGACUGGAUGAACUUGUUUUUUAAUCUAACAUUAGAGGAGGGACAUACAAUUUUA